AUGACAAAUUUAACAGACGCAGAGCAAAAAUAUUUAAACCAUGAUUGGGUUAAUGACAAAAAUUGGAAGUUGUACCUAAGCAAUUUGUAUCCAUCACCAUCAAUACAUAACAUUGAAAAAUAUAAAAAGAAAUAUUUUCAGAAAAAUAUUGAUAAAAAUUUUGAUAUAAAUACAAAGUUUCAAGAUAAUACUAAAGAAAAUAAACAGCAAUCAACUAAUUAUUAUCCUCACACGAACAAUCAUAAUUAUUAUAAUGAAAAAACAUCAAUAAUGACUCUUUUAUACUUUUCAUAUCUUUUAUGUACAAGUUUAUUCUAUUUUAUAUUACUCGCUCUGAAUAUAGGUUUAUAUAAGAAAAUCGGAACAUAUAUAUCUCUCUCAUAUAUAUGCGCAUUCAUCAUUUUACUAUAUUUGGACUAUAAAAUUCAGAAACAGAACUUUUCCAUGGUUCAAUUUUUUUCCAGUGAAAAGGGCCAAUACUUGUCUUACUCAUUUAUCCUUUUUUUUGUUAAAGAUUCCGUUUUAAUAUUUUUACCAGUUUUUUUAACCAUUUUAAUAAAUUCAUACUUAAUUUAUAAACAAGUUAAAUCUUUUCUUCCUCACGAAAUACAAAGGAAUUAUUAUAUCAAUAAAUUCAUGGGAUAUUUAGAUAAAUCAAUUUUAAGCAUUUAUACUAUGAGAGCUAGCAUCGAGAUAUAUAAUUUAAUAUUUAUAAUUAUAUGCCUAUUUUUUAAGAGAACAAGCAUACUAAAUUUAUUUAUGUAUAUGCACUUCUUUAAACUAAAAUAUAAUUCCUCAGAUUCGUAUUUCCAUGCUUGUUACACAAAAAAUGGAGAAAUUAUUAGACAAUUCUUAUCCCACUCUAUGGUCCCGCGCUCAUUCUUAAAUAUAUUCGACAAGAUAUCUCAUUAUUUCACCACAUACUUAACAUACAGAAGAAGGUAA